CUAAGAAUAGAAGAGGUCAGGAGGCCGCCAUGGAAUGGAACCCCCGAUAAAUGGCCGGCGAGCGAGCGAGGCUUCCUCCCGACCUCAAUUCCCCGCCCCAUCUCGAUCUAUUAAAACUCCUUCCUUCUUCUUGGCUUCUUCUUCGAUUUCGCAAAUUAAGAAUCCGUGGAUCAAGAAUUCCUCUGUUCUGUGUGCGCGCCGGAGGGGAAAAUCGAUCGAUCGAGCUCUCCAUCGAGGAAAUUAGAAUAAAUUCAAUCAAGGUAGUUCGCCGCCUGAGUAUGGGGCUGAGGGAGAUGGCCUUCGUGUUCUUCUUGGUGGCGGCGGCCAUGGCGCCGGCGAGCGUGGAAGCGGAGAUGGAGGAGUGCGCGAAGCCGGUCAGCGUGUCCGCGGCGUGCAGGGGCGCGGCGGACACGCACCACGGCGUCGACUACGACCACUGCGUCCGCUCGCUCUCCGUCGACCCGCGCAGCGCCGAGGCGGCCGGCGGCGGCAUCCACGGGCUCGCCAUGCUCGCCACCAGGCUCGCCAUCGACCACGCCGCCAGCACCGAGGCCAAGCUCGACGACCUCGCCCAGCUCGAGCCCGAGGAAGAAGAAGGAGCGAGGAAGCGCGCGAGGUUCAACCACUGCCUGGAGCAGUACGGCGGCGCCGCCGACCUGCUCCGCGACGCGCUGGACAACCUGCAGGCCAAGAUCUACGGCAAGGCCAUGGAGCAGCUCAUGGCGGCGCUGGGCGCGUCAGAGAGCUGCGAGGACGCCUGGAAGGGGGAGAAGGAGCUCCCCGUCGCCGCGCACGACAGGGAGUACGGCAGGAUGGCGCACAUCGCCGUCGGAUUCACCCACGCCGCCGCUUGAAUCCAUGAUCAUCAUCAUCUCUUGUUGAUUAAUUCCUUGGAUUCUUUUCGCCGCUGCUCUGCUUAAUUUCUGUUCUUCGAAUGGCUUUUCUUCUUCAGACAUCAUCACUGCCUUGUUGAUUGUUGAUUAAUUAGUUUCUUACUUCUUCCUGGAGACUCAUCUUCAUCGUUGAUUAAGUGUAGUUGGAACUAUCUGUGAUUUUUUUUUCCUUGUUCCGUUUCUUUUUUGGUUGUCGAUUAAAGCAAAUGCUGUAGGGCUUGAUCUGAUGAUAAAGCAAUAACAAGCUGGGUUUACAGUGUAAUUUUAUUUGGCCACCUCUGUUAUCUAUACAUCUGUGUCUGUCUUAUGAUGCUUCAGUAGUUCUGUUCCUGAUGCAAAUGGAAAUGUUUACUUCUGAGCAAA